CGUAGCGCCGCGAUAGCUCGUAGGAACUCCGUGCCAAGCAAUGGAGGCUCGUUUUCAAUAAAGAUUCCCUGAUUGUACGAAAUGUGUUUUUGAGUGUGUGAAAAGUGUAGUUUUCGUGUGAUAGUGAGACUUCCUCAGAUAUUAACGCCACUGCACACGCUGCCGUAGAUCUCUACUGGCAUGGAGCUGGGAGCGCACUGAUAGUGAUAAUUUAUGAGAUCUUGGUUUCUAUGCAUUGCCUGCCAAAGAAGAACUGAGCCCAAUGUUUCCACACAAUUCUAGUUCACAUGAGAUUUCUACAGAAACAAAUGCCUUCGUACAAAAUUCCAUGGGGGAUGUAGUAGUAUUAGGGGAAAGCAGUCUGUAUGGGGAGGGGGAAUGGGAAGGAUCAGAGCACGCUAGGUACUGUGAUAUCGAAUCCAUAAACAGCAGCAAGAUGGCAGCAUGUACUAGCCAUCUGGAAGCUACCGCCGCCAAUGACUUUUCAACCGUCCUGCCAAGCCAAACCAGUGAGUUCAGCUCAGCUGGUAUAGGUAAGGCCUGCCAGUCAGUGGCGCCAGUAACCACAAAAAACCCAACAAAUCACCUUCUAACUUACGAUAAUAAUAAAGUAAAUAACCACAACAAUGCAGAACAUAAUCAUCACAAGUACAGAAAGCAAAACACACCGGGCUUGCUUGGUCAGCUGGGCAGCUCCGCCAAUAACUCUAAGUCUACUUUUAAGACAUUAAGUGAUAAUAAGAAUAGCUUUAGCGAUCUAAGCGUUAGGGUACUAAGCGUAAGUGUACAUCUACAAGUUACACGGGGUGAAGCGUAUUGCACCGUUGGGGUACCUAGCCUAGUUAGGAUACCCAAGUCUGAUUGCCCCCAACGGUCGCUACGCCUCCCUAACUCUGUCGACAAUUACUCCUUACUAGGGUCCCGCCUUGAGCUAGGCGACAACAAUAAGUUUAAGGCUCAUUUUAGUUUCAUAAGUAAUAAUAACUCCAAGUCUGUGAUAUUGCUCAGCUCAAUCAGCAACGGUGACCAUUGUUUCCUGCUUGGCGGUGGUCCUGUCGAGAUAGAUGCUAUUACUCUGAAAUUCGGUAUUAUAAUGGAUGUCUUAACGAGAUCGAAACUACUAGGUCAUAAGUGUGCCCUGGUUAUCAAUUCUCAUCAGACAUCUAGACUGUUAACGAGCGAUGAAACGUCGAACGAAAAUUGUAACGUUCGAUAUACGUUAGCUCUCGAAAAAAUAUGGAACCUCUUAAAAUCGCAUUUCAGUGGCAUUGAUUUCAAAUUGGUUCCCAUAAGCGAUCAGAAUUUUGCGAUAUUCACCGCCAGUUCUUCCAUUACGCUUAUCGUUUUCAGAAACGAAGUAACUGACCACAUCUCGCGAUCUUUCCUGGAAAAUCUCAAGCAACUCCGUGUACAAUCUUUUACUUCUCCAUUAUCUAAUGUCACUGUUACCGAGCUGAUGCAACGCAUAUGUGUUCCACUAUUAAAAAAGCGUAAGGGUAAUGAUUACAACGUUGGUAAUAAUAAUAAUAAUAAUGAUGAAUAUUAUAACAAGAACAUUAGCAUUGGUAGUAUUGAAGAAGAAAUUAAUAGUAGUAACGAUAAUCCAGAUGUUAUUGAAGACAUUGUUGACGUCGCUGUGUGCUACAAGACUAGUUGUAUGAUGAUUACUAAUGUUAGGAUCUUAGGGUCUCAAAAUGAUGGUAUUAGUCGUACCGAAGCAACAAUAUUUACUGUUGGUGCUCUUUCAUUUCAGGAUAACAAUAAGUCUAACAAGCCUCUAAAUACUAGUUAUAAGAUUAGCGAAUAUAGUAGAUCAGUGGGUUCUGAUCUUCAAUCUAACUCUACCAUUAAGUCUGUAUCUAAGUCUACGCUAAAAGAUAAAUCUAGGAUUAAGUUUGAAAUGUCUCACACCGCUCGAUUUAACGAAUCUGACAAGAGAAAGCAAGUUAGGUUGGCUGCCAACAUUCCUAUAAUGACUACCUGCGAGCCUACGAUGACGCUUACAAGCCAAUCAGCCACCAUCACAUCCCAAACAAUCGGUGUACCUGUAUGUCGAGCGGAUAAUCGCAUAUAUGACGAUGGGAUGCGAUCAGAAUUUUUGAAUACAUUUCAGAAUGACCAAAUAUGUAUCCAGCGUAUGUUGGCAAGUCGCACAGAUGAUAUAAUAACGAAUGACUUGCGUCUUAAUGAAACAUUAAAUCCUACACAAACUUACAUCGAGACGCUCAAAUCUUUAGCUACAGAUGAUAUUCCGUUGAAUUGCAAUUACGAUCGCACAGGGGCAUGUAGUAAUCGUCAAACUUGUGACUAUGAUAACGAUAAUUAUCAUGAUGAUUUUGCGCUCUGCUCUUACGAUAACAUGGCAGUUUAUACAAAACCAACUGCAUUACAAUGGUCUACUUUAAUUGCACACGUACGUGCAUUAAUACCUGCUUGUCGAAAAGCUUAUGAGACCGAUCGAACCAAAUGUGAAGUUCAACAGCGAAGACUCAAGUUUAUGUUGAAUAUUCUUUUCAAUGAAUCGACACGGCUAUUGAACAAGGUCUACGAACCAAUAUUAAGCUACAAACAACGAUGGGGUAUCUCAACGAUAUUACAGUUAGCAGGAGGUGGUGAAAGUUCGCUAAAUAGCGGAGGAGCUAAUAAUUGGGGUUCUACUCAAGCAACAACACCCAAUAACAAUAAUACCAAUCAAUCAGGAUGGGUUGGUACGCCAGGAAACGCACCUGGUAAUGCUGGCACGCCGAACAAUUGGGGUGGAAAUUCUGUAAAUAGAUCAGUGUCCGGUAAUCCAAAUCAAAAUCAGAAUCAAGGUCCACCUGGUACUCAAAAUACAUCAGGAAACGUGAACAAAGUUAAUAAUCCAAAUCAACAAUCGAAUCAGCAAUCUGGUCCACCUACCUCUCAGUCAAAUUCUACUCAAGGGAAUCAGAAUAGUAGUCAAUGGUCUCAGGGAAAAUCUAAUAAUCCAGGUGGUCCAGGACAAAAUCCACAAAAUAAUAACAAUAGCGUACAACAGCAACAGUCAGCCAAUUCUAAUGGAAGUAAUAAUCAAUCUAAUAAUAAUGCACAAGGAUCUGUAAGUAGUGGUAACACACCGGCUAGUAAUAAUCCAUCGACGAAACAACAGCUCGAACAAUUAAAUACAAUGAGGGAAGCUCUUUUUAGUCAAGACGGAUGGGGUUGUCAACACGUAAAUCAAGAUACGAGUUGGGACGUACCAACUUCUCCUGAGCCCAAUCUAACCAAAGAUGGCGUUCCUAUGUGGAAACCACCCGUAAAUAAUGGUACUGAUUUAUGGGAGGCAAAUUUACGAAAUGGAGGUCAACCUCCGCCGCAUCAACAAGCAAAAACCCCAUGGGGUCAUACUCCGGCGACUAAUAUUGGUGGUACUUGGGGUGAGGACGAUGAGACGGCAGACUCAUCUAACAUGUGGACUGGUGCUCCAGCACCUUCUCAACCGAAUGCAGCACAAUGGACUGCCGGUAAUCAAGCCGGUAUGUGGGGAGGAACGAAUUGGGCUGAUCCAAGACUCGAUCAUAAUAGAGAUCCACGUGAUUUACGAUCAGUGGAUCCAAGAGAGAUGCGAGAUCCUCGAGAUCAUCGCAUGACUCUUGAUCCAAGAGAUCAUAUGCGCGUAAUGGAUCCUAUGGCACGUGAUCCACGAAUGGGUGAUAUGCGCGGUGAUCCACGUGGCAUUUCUGGACGUUUGAACGGAGCUAAUACUGAUGCUAUGUGGGGACAACCACCUGGUCCUCCACAUCAUCAGAUGGGUCAUCAGCAUCCAUCCGGUCCACCAACGAAAAUGCUCAAUCCUUCGAACAUGAAUCAAUGGGCAGCUCCACCACCAAAGGAUAUGAUGCCUGGCAAACCUUCGGGAUGGGAGGAACCGUCACCACCUACGCAAAGGCGUAAUGUGCCUAAUUAUGACGACGGUACGAGUUUAUGGGGAAAUCCGGCAGCAAAUCAAAGAACAAUGCCUGCCAGUAAAGUAUCUCAUUGGAAGGAUUUACCAACCCCGAACAUAGCACGUGGUGGAAUGCAAUGUCCACCGGGCAUGCCUCAGAAUAGAAUGCCUGGGCAACCAGGUAUGAAACCAGACGUAGGAGGUCCAGGUAUGUGGGCUCACCCUGGAGCUCCUGGAGGUCGCAAUGGGACAUGGGCAGAUGGGCCUCACGAUACUACCUCUUGGGAUGAUCCUAAAACACCAGCAACAUGGAACGAGCCUCCGUUGAAUCCAGCAACUUGGGGAGGUCCUGCUACUCAUAAACAAAAAUCAAUGGGACCUGCUGGUAGUUGGGUAGACUCUGACAUUGAUCCUACACCAAGUUGGGGUCAUCCUGCUAAACCUUCGUUAACGAAAGACUUCAUUUGGAAUAGUCGUGAAUUUCGUUAUCUUUGUGACUUAGGAUAUAAGAAAGAAGACGUGGAAUUAGCUCUUAGAAAUCGUGAAAUGAAUAGAGACGAAGCGCAAGAACUUUUAAGCCAGAUUCGACCUCUUGAUCAAUGGCCACGCCGUCAUGAUACACAUUCUGGCUAUGAUCCAACUAAUCAACCAACUACUGCGCCAGCAUAUCCGAGAUUCAAUCACGUGACACAACAGAUGUCUUUCCCACCGGGGGCAGGAGUGCCCAGUGCUGCAUCUACCGGAGGGGUAGGUGGUUCAGUGUCCAGUGCUAGUCUCCUGAAACUUCAACAACAGCAACAGCAGCAAGCAGUUGUUCCGUUGCAGCAACAGCAGCCAAGUACCAAUGCACCACAGCCACCUUUCAACCAGGCAUCACGUGCACCGCAAAAUCAACCAUCUAAUCAACAACUCCGUAUGUUGGUACAACAAAUUCAAUUGGCUGCUCAGGAAGGAUAUUUGAAUCAUCAGAUAUUGAAUCAAGCAUUAUCACCGCAGACAUUGAUUUUACUGAAUCAACUUUUACAACAGAUCAAGAUCUUACAACAGUUACAUCAACAACAUUCUGUCCAGAGUUCAUUGAAGGGCAAUAGUCCGUCGGUUUUGCAAAUUAGCGUACAAAUAACUAAAACAAAGCAACAAAUCGCAAAUCUGCAGAAUCAAAUUGCGGUUCAACAGGCAACGUAUAUGAAACAACAACAGCAUCAACAACACGCUGCCCCACCGUCUCAGGCAUUGGAGUACUACAAAAGUUCGGUACACGAUCCCAUGUCAGCAUUACAGAACAGCUUCGGCGAUUUGACAAUGAACAAAGAGCCACCUGUUAGUCAACAACAAUCAAGAUUAAAUCAAUGGAAGUUACCGUCACUCGAUAAGGAUGGUGAUCUAACAACAAAUGAAUUUUCUCGUGCUCCUGGUACUACCAGCAAACCACCAACUGCCCCAGGUGGUUUAACGCAGUCACACAGUAGCCCUAAUAUGAAUCCUUUGCUUAGUCAAGGCGAUGGAACAUGGUCAUCUAGACUUGGUGAUAGCGGUUGGCCAGAUCCAGGAAAUACAGAUUCCACGGAUGGAAAAGAUUGGCAACCUGGUGGCGCUGCAUUCACUGAUCUAGUACCGGAAUUUGAACCGGGCAAACCAUGGAGGGGUACCCAGAUGAAAAGUAUCGAAGAUGAUCCCAGUAUCACUCCUGGUUCAGUAGUACGUUCUCCUCUUUCGCUGGCUACUAUAAAGGAUCCUGAUGCUAUUUUCUCAUCGAGUAGCAAAACGUCACCGCCACCUCAAAAUGCUAAUCCGGAUACAUCGAUUCCCAGUUUAAGUAAUUCUACGUGGACAUUCAAUCCACCUGCUACGACGCCUACUGCAUUUACUAGCUCGAAAAAUACGUGGGAGUCAGCACCACCGCCAACUGCCGUUACUUCUGAACUUUGGGGUGCACCAAUGAGUAAAGCUCGAGGUCCUCCUCCUGGCCUAGGAAGUAAAGGCGCCGGUAGUACCAGUAACGGUUGGGCUGGUUUAGGAAGUGUCACCAAAUCCUCCAGUUCCUGGGGUGGCCUCCAAUCCAAUCCAGUUAGCAAUUCUAGCUGGGUGUCCACAUGGCUUUUACUGAGAAAUUUAACGCCUCAAAUCGAUGGCUCGACAUUGAAGACCUUGUGUAUGCAGCACGGACCGGUUCAAGAUUUCCGAUUAUAUUUGAAUCAUGGAAUUGCUCUUACCAAAUAUUCCUCUAGGGACGAAGCGAUAAAGGCACAAGGAGCUUUGAACAAUUGUGUAUUGGGAAAUACAACGAUAUUCGCUGAAUCACCCGCUGACAGCGAAGUGCAUACUCUAUUGCAACAACUAAGUCACGGUGGUCAACAACAAGCUGGGGGUUCUGGUGGAGCUAGCUGGGGUUUACGACCGACUAAUAAAGCUGGCCCACCACCGGAUACAUGGGGUGGAAGUUCCAGUCAAUUGUGGGGUGCCCCACCGACAACCAAUUCUCUAUGGAGUAACACAGGUAUAGACAGCAGUGACCAGCAAAGAGCAACUCCUAGUUCUCUCAACUCGUACUUACCCGGAGAUCUUCUGGGAGAGAUUCGACGUGGUCCAACCUGAGAGGAUAAAAAUUAACAAACAGAAACGAAACGAAACAAUAAUUAAGAAGGAGAAGAAGCAGAAGAGGAUGAAGAUGAUGAUGAUGAUGUUGACGAUGAUAAUGACGAUGAUCCUAUGCGAAAUCUCUGUGACAUGAAAAAGUACCUGAAUGGCCAGAAUCUUGGUGCGCAUACGUAUCAAAUUCUUGUAUUAUGCUAAACGAAGAAGAAGAAGAAGAAGAACAACAACAACAACAACAACAACAACAACAACAACAACAACAACAACAACAACAUCAACAACAAUAACAACAACAACAACAACAAGAAAUAAUAAUAAUAAUAGCAAUUAAAAAAAAAAAAAAAAAAAAAAAGAAAAGAAAAAGCAAAAGAAAAUAUUGCAACGUCAUUCAAAUUGUUUUUUUUUUUUUUUUUUGUUUUUUUUUCGCCUAAUCAAGAACAGUGACGUAAAACGAGUGAGAUUAUAAAUCGUCGUAGAAAGUCAAUGAAUACACGGGAAUAUAUCGAUACUAGAUAAUAUCGAUAUAUUAUCGAUAUCCUUAAUGAAACAUAACCGAAGACGACGAAAGACUACUAAUAAUACUUAAUUAAAAAUUAAAUGAAAGGAAAGAGAAAAAAAGAACGAAAGAGAGAAAGAAAUAAAUGAUAGAAAAUAAAAUGGAAUCAUGCUCGUUAUAUUUGAUGAUGAGUGGAGUGAGAUAGGAUGGGAAGGCGGAAAUAUGAGGUUCAUGGAUCUGGAUCAAUGGAUGGAUCGAUUUCAAUCCUCCUCGACUGCCGCAUCGAUUAUGCUAAAUAUUAUAAUAUACAUACACACACAUAUAUAUAUAUAUAUAUAUUUAAUAAAUAAUUAUAUAUAUAUACCUAUACACACACACAUAUAUAUCUAUAUAUACAUACAUAUAUAUAUAUAUAUAUACGUGUAACGGAUAUUACGAUUAUCGAUCAUCGAAAGAUCGACGAAGUAACCUGAAUCAAUAAAGAAUCUUCUCGUAGGAAGAAGAAGAAGAAGAAGAAGAAGAAGAGGAAAAAGAAGAAGAAGAAGAAAUGAACAAAUAAAAGAAAAGAAAAAAAGAAAGAAGUAACAUCAAUUUUCUAUAUCUUAAUGGAUCCAUCGAUCUUGCUCGUUGAUCGUGAUCUUUAUAUCAAAGGAUAUAAAUCCCGACGAAUUUAUAUGAUCCGGUGAUUAGAAAUAAUGAUGUUAUAUAAGAUGGACAUAUACUUAUUUAUCAAUUAGUAUUCGUCGAUCAUCAAUACUACUAUUACUAUUACUAUUACUAUUACUAUUACUAUUACUAUUACUAAUACUAUUAUUAUUACUAUCACUACACUAUCAUUUAUUAAUAGCUAAUAAAUGAUCAAUAUGUUGAUCAAGGAAAGUGAGAGAAAGAAAAUAAAAAAAUAAAAAAAAAAAAAAAGAAAUAAUGAAGAUAUAUAUAUAUAUAUAUAUAUAUAUGUUUCGCCGAAUUUUCGCCGUUGAUGAUCGAACGCUUAUGUUAAAACAUUGAGCGCGUGUCCAGAUCAACCAACGUCUUUACGUAAAAUUAUUCAAGAAAAUAAAAUCGUUUUCUGUUCCGCAUUUGCAAACGAAGAGGAAGAAAAAGAAGAAGAAAAAGAAACAAAAUAAAAAUGGAUAAUCAAUCAAGAAAUAUUCAUACAUAUGUAUGUAUGUAUUAAUCAUUAACGAAUAUAUAUAUAAUUUUUUUUUUUUUUUUUUUUUUUGGAUCAAUGACUUCUUCGGACGACACGACGAAGAAUAUGGCAAUAAAAAUGACGAAGAAGAAGAAAAAAUAAAUAUAUAAAUAAAUAAAUAAAUUAAUUAAAUAAAUAAACAACCACCAGCAAGAAAUGCGCUUAAACGCGACGGUCGAAUUUUUUCUCUGUCUGUCUGUCUGUCUGUCGGUCGGUCGGUCGGUCAGUCGGUCUGUUUCUGUGCGUGCGUGUGUGUGUGUGUGUGUGUGUGUGUGUGUAAGUACGUGUUUAUGUGUAUAUGUUUUAUCAACAUCUCGUCAAAAUUCAUACAGAGAAAACGCAUCGUUAAAGCUAUAUAUACAUAACCGAAUCAUAUAAACGAAUUAAUAGAAAGAUAUUUAGAUUCUAAUUUAGAUUCUAAUUCUCAUAAUCAUAAAUAAACAGUGACAAUGACGAAAUAAUCUAUUAAAAAAUUCGAAUAUUAUAUAAUAAUAACAAUGGAGAAAUGUAAUGAUGAUGUAUAAACGUCGAUGAAAGAAAAUGAAAUUAAUUGCUUUCGUUUGGAAGGAUAUUCUCUUUCUUACGAUCUCUUUUAAGAAAAUCAAGAAAGUUGGGCCUUAAUGAUGGAACUUAUCUUCGUCGAGAGAACGUGAUUUAAAAGAAUCAUAAGGGAUAACGCAAGAAAAAAAAGCAAAAACAAAAUAAAAUAAAAUAAAAUAAAAACGAAUAGUAAAUAACAUUAAUAAAAUGUCGGACGAUAAGGAUUUGAAGGAAGGAA